AUGGCUGCAGACAAGCCAGUCAUCCUGCUUGUACAUGGGGCGUUCUACCAACCGGUCCACUACCAGGAAGUGCUGGAUCAACUAAGAGACAGAGGGUUCACAGUGGAGGCCCCGGCGCUACCCACAACGGGGACGAAUCCCGAACUCACAUACGUGGACGACGUCGAGGUCAUCAACGAGACACUGCUACCGAUCCUAGACGCCGGUAGAGAAGUCAUCAUGGUGGCCCACAGCUCGGGGACCCUUCCUGCGAGCCACUGCAUAGAAGGCGAAUCUGUGGCCGAGAGAGCAGAGUGUGACCUGAAAGGCGGGAUCCGACAUUAUAUCAACGAAUUUCAUUAUGUCGAGGACGGCAUAAUACACCUACUCGACAGUGCUAAGCCAACCUUCUACAAUGACCUCCCCAUAGAGAAAAUCGAGAAAAUAUGGCCCACUAUGAUGAAGACGCAUAGCCAGAUGAACUGGAACAGCCGUCCAAUAUUUAUUGAUGAGGAGAUCACAGUUCCAAAGACCUAUGUCUUUUGCGAAAAUGACAUCGCCCUCCCUACGGAGUAUCAGGCCUACUUCAUAGGAGUGGGAGGCGAGACCGAGCUCAGUAAUUUGAAAUGGCAAUCUCGAAAUCAGCACGAGGUGUCAGCUACCCCGGAUUCCGUUCAACUGAAGUCAAGCACAGCCUCACAAGAUGGUGCCAUCGACGAUGUCGCUGCACCGCAGAGGGGCCCUAACGGUUGUGCAUCCGGAGCGGAGAAGAGGACGCUAGAGCCGCCUUCAUCGCCAGCCCAAUCUUUGCGGCCAUCGCGAAACACGGAGACCUUACUGGCGAUUCCCAUCUGGGCUGGUCCCCGCGAAUACGAUCUUCUCGGCCACUUCGGACGAACAGCUGCGGUCUAG